AUGGCUGUCCCUAGGGUGAAUGGCAAGUCUGAGACAAUCACGACAUCCCCUAGCUUUGCCCUCCUUCAACUCCCAGUGAAGGAUCACAUCAAGACCUUCUUCCUCGUAACACUUAGUCUUUUCUUCUUACCAUUGAGCUAUGCCGUCGCGUUCGCCCUCACCGCGGUUCCGCCGUCAGUCCUCGCCUAUUUCCAGCCCUUCUCCCGUUCGACGUCGACAGGUGUCCUCUUCCACCGGGCCCAAUGCCGCGCGAAACCCACCUUCAGGCAGCGGACAGUCCUCGUCACGGGGGUGGGCAUGACAAAGGGCCUCACGCUGGCUCGGGCGUUCUGGCUUUGCGGACAUAGGGUCGUGGCGGCCGACUUUGAGGUUGAGGCAUGCGCUGCGUGGACGCCCUGGAAGAAGACGCGGUGGACAUACAGCCAGGCCUUUGACGCGGUGUACUCGCUGAGAAGACCCCUGGUGAAGGAUGGGAUGGGCGAAGAGGAUAAGGAGGAGGCGAGGUCGGCGUACAUACAGGACAUCUGCAAGAUUUUCAAAUAUGAGGGGGUCGAUCUGUGGGUUUCGUGCUCCGGCGUCGCGAGCGCAGUGGAGGACGCAAUGGCCAAGGAAGCGCUGGAUAGCAUGUCCUCGAGGGGGCAACGCCGCUGUGCAUGCAUCCAGUUUGACGUCCCUACGACCUCAACACUGCACGAGAAGUCAUCCUUCAUCCAGCAUACCAAGGCCCUCAAGCUCACGGUGCCCGAAACCUUUGACGUCGCGUCUCACGCCCAGGCCCUGGAUGCCCUCGCCGCUGCGACGAAGAGGAACCCAGCCAGGAGAUUCAUCCUCAAGCCCGUGGGCAUGGACGACGCCAACCGCGCCAACAUGACCCUCCUGCCGCUCCCCACCCCGCCCGAGACCGAGGCCUUUGUCCGCCGCCUCCCCGUCUCGAGGUCGCGGCCGUGGAUCCUGCAGCAGUUCAUCCGCGGGGGCAGGGAGUACUGCACCCACGCCCUCGUCGUCUCGGGGACGGUCAGGGUAUUCGCCGCGUGCCCGAGCAGCGAGCUGCUGAUGCACUACGAGGCGCUGCCGCCGGGGGACCCGCUGGCCACGGAGAUGCUGGGCUUCACCACCAGGUUCGCCGCGGCCGCGGGGGCGGGGUUCACGGGGCACCUCAGCUUUGACUUCAUGGCCGAGGAGGAGGACGGGGACGGGUGCACGAGGCUGUACGCGAUCGAGUGCAACCCGCGAGCUCAUACCGCAGUGGCGUUGUUUGCGCAGCCGGGUGAGCGGAUGGAGAGGAUGGUGGAGGCGUACACGUCUGUUGUGGAUGGGCCUCCUGAGCCGUUCAGGGAGAAGAACAGUUCAGAUAUACCUCCCAGGGUGGUCUGGCCGCCAGCGGACACGACUCCUCGAUACUGGAUCGGGCAUGACCUGGCUACCAGGGGCCUGCUGCCCCUGCUCAAGCUUGUGAGGGAGCCUCGCUCAGCCAGGGUGCUUGUCGACGGGGUCGAGGAGCUCAUCCAGCACUUGUUGUACUGGAAGGAUGGGACCUUUGAGCUCUGGGACCCGUGGCCAUUUGUGGCGCUGUAUCACCACUACUGGCCGCGCGCAAUUCUGUCGUCGUGGUGGCAGGGAGAGCGGUGGAGUCGGGUCAAUGUGAGCACGACCAAGAUGUUCAUGGCAUGAACUGCCCGUCAUGGUGUCGCCUUCCAGUGUGACCAGGACCUCCAGUCAGCCGAGCAGCCACUGGAAACUGAAUACUGAGUGUGUGUAUAUAUAUAUAUAUAUUCCACAUCUGACCCGCCG